CACGUAUUCCAAUACCAACCGGUUCCGUUAAAGGAUCACCCUCUUUCUCGGUUACUCAAAAAUGGGCCCCACCCAUUCACACAUGUAACCGAUUUUCAGAAAUGCCGCCGGUAUGAUACAACAGCCACAGCCGAUUUCACAUUCAAACUUGUUCUAGCGCGUUCACACCACGUUCCCCUAUUCUCUCGCCUUCAAUAUUAUAGGUUAAUUAUAAUUAUUAAUUUUUGUUCAAAUUUAAAUUUAAAUCAAUUCAUAUAUUCUUAUGUAUACACGCGCUUAAUCAGGUGUAAAUGUUAGGUAUACUUACUCCGCUUAUUAUAAUGAAUUUAAUUUUGAUGUAUUAAUUUUUGAGCCCUAGGUUUUCUAUGUAACUAUUACUAUUUGUUAUUUUAGAAAAUUCCUGGAAUAGAAAGUGUUGAUUUCAGGUAGAAGUUAUAUAUAUUGUUUAUAUAUAGAUAUAGAUAUUUAUGUAUGUAUAGGAAGAUGUAUUAUAAGGAACAAGAUCCUGAUGUGAUUAGAUGGGGACUUCAUCAUCUAAUAGAAGUUUGUACUGUAAGUAACGGUGGAUCGCCCGGUGUUUUUACUCGUUACGAUCAGGAUUUAUCUAGGGUUGAGUAUGUUAGCGAAGGUUAUUGCGAGAAUGAUGAGGUCUUGAGUAGUUAUGCUAAUAAUAAUGAUAUGAGUAGUGACGUUUUGAGUAACGCGAAUGUUGAAAACGAUGAGAUGAUUGCGCGUGCUUUUCAAGAAGAGUUGUCGCGGCUGGCGGUUGAGGAGAAGGAUGGAUCAUCGGGGGAGAAUUUACUGAAGGAAUCUGUGCUUGCUCAGGAUUGGGUUUCUACGUCAAAAAGACAUGAGGUUGAGAACAAUCAGGAAGAAAAUUGGGUUAAUGGAGAAAGAUCGGGGGAAGAUGACGAUCGAUCUUGUUCACCUGAGAUGGCGGACGAGUCUGCUCUUGAUGGUGAAGUAGGAAAAAGGAUAAAUCAAAUGGUUCCCAUUCGUCACGUCCCGAAGGUAAAUGGAGAAAUGCCUUCUGCUGAUGAAGCGACAUCGGAUCAUCAGAGGCUAAUGGACAGAUUGCAGGUUUAUGAUCUAGUUGAACUAAAAGUUUCAGGGGACGGUAACUGCCAGUUCCGCUCCUUGUCGGAUCAAAUCUAUCGCUCUAGUGAGCACCACAAGCUUGUGAGAGAACAAGUUGUUCGUCAGCUCAAGUGUCAUCCGGAAUUGUAUGCGGCUUAUGUUCCCAUGGCCUAUGAUGAGUACUUAAAGAAAAUCAGCACGGCUGGCGAAUGGGGGGAUCAUGUAACAUUGCAGGCUGCUGCCGAUGCGUUUGGGGUCAAGAUAUUUGUGUUAACUUCAUUUAAAGAUACUUGUUACAUUGAGAUUCUACCGUUUGCACAAAAGUCAAAGAGAAUCAUCUUUUUGAGUUUUUGGGCUGAGGUGCACUACAAUUCAAUUUACCCAGAAGGAGAGCUGCCAACCAUGGAGCCCACAAAGAAGAAAAAAUGGUGGAUGCUUGGGAGUUGAUUGGCUUUUGGAGGCAAACAAUGUACAUAAACAUCCAGUGUACCAGAAUUAGGAUCGUUGUAUAGAUCUCCAGUUUGUUUUAAUUGUUUUCCAUUCUUUGAGUUACUUUUAUGACCUUUUAACUAAUCGAGCUAGCAUUUAGUUAUUAGUUCCACUAGAAUGAGUUUUGCCGAUUAUAGAAAGUUGAGUGUUGCGUGUUA